GGCUCCAGGUACAGCGGGGGGACCUCCCGGCCGCGGCAGGUCCCGGGCUGGGGCGCCAUGGCCGAGUCCCAGCUGAGCUGCCUGGACGAGGCGCACGUGAACGAGAGGGUGACCGAGGUGCAGGCCGCCUUCUACUACUGCGAGCGGCGGCGGGCCGCGCUGGAGGCGCUGCUGGGCGGCGGCGAGCAGGCCUACCGCGAGCGGGUCAAGAAGGAGCGGCUGCGGGACUUCCUCUCCAGCCAGGAGCGCCAGGCCCUUCUUGCCGCUUGGAGCCCCUACGAGGACGCCGCCCCCGCCGCCGCCGCCGCCGCCCGGGGCAAGAACAAGGCCAAGGCCAAGGCCCCUACGCAGGCCCCAGAGGAGCCCGGAGAGUCUCUGGCCUACUGGCCUGACCGUUCUGACACCGAGGUCCCCCCACUGGACCUGGGCUGGACGGACACCGGUUUCUACCGCGGCGUGAGCCGUAUCACUCUCUUCACUCACCCUCCCAAAGAGGAGAAGGCGCCGCACCUCAAGCAGGUGGUCAGGGAGAUGAUCCAACAGGCCCAGAAGGUUAUUGCUGUAGUCAUGGACCUCUUCACUGAUGGUGAUAUCUUCCAAGACAUUGUGGAUGCCUCCUCUAAGCGCCGGGUCCCAGUAUAUAUCAUCCUGGACGAGGCAGGAGUGAAGUAUUUCCUGGAGAUGUGUCAAGGCCUGCAACUCACUGACUUCCGUAUUCGGAACAUCCGUGUCCGCUCCGUGACAGGCAUCGGCUUCUACAUGCCCAUGGGAAAAGUCAAGGGGACCCUGUCAUCAAGGUUCCUGAUGGUGGAUGGUGACAAAGUAGCCACUGGAUCUUACAGGUUCACCUGGAGUUCCUCCUCCGUGGAUAGGAACCUCCUCCUCCUCCUGACAGGGCAGCACGUGGAGCCCUUCGAUGUAGAGUUCCGGGAGCUGUACGCCAUCUCUGAGGAGGUGGACCUGUACCGGCACCUGGGCCUGGCGGGCAGACUGGGCCUCAACUACUCCUCCACUGUGGCUCGCAAGCUUAUCAACCCCAAGUAUGCCUUGGUGUCCGGCAGCCGCCACCCACCGGGCGAGAUGAUGCGCUGGGCCGCCCGGCAACAGCGGGAAGCCAGCAGCAACCCAGAGCGGCAGGAGGAGGGUGGAGGCGGUGGUGAGUCGGCCCGGCGCCUGGAGAGCUUCCUGGAUGACCUGGUUACUAUAGAGCAGGUGCUGCCCCCCGUGGAUCCCCUCCCCACAGGAGAGCUGAGCCGGAAGGAUGGCAGGGUGGUCUCUCGUAUGCACAUAGACCUGAAACCCAAAUCCCAGGAGGCAACUACCCGAAAUGGCAUGGGAGAAGCUGCCAAUGGAGAGGCCGCCCCAGCCAAGGAAGUUAAGCGCUGCUUCGGCAGCAGGUUCUUCAGCCGACGGGCCAAGAGGCCCGCAGCAUCCAACGGCAUGGCCGCCUCCCUCUCCACAGAGAACUUCGCCGAAGUGCCGUUUCUGAUGGGGAAGAGGCCCAAUGAGAGUUCCAGCACCGACAUCCCAGGUAAAACAAGUCAAAGUGCCACCAAGUCCAGCAACUGCGUGAUUUCCUGAGCCACAGGAUGUGGUGGGAAGCACCUGUGGAUGCCCACCUGUCGUGUCCUGGGCUGUGGAGAGCGCAUGUUGCAUGCUGUACAAGUUUGCACAUCAGACUCUGACUGGCCUCCUGCCCUGCAGCCUCUCUCCUGGCCUCCGGGACCUGAAUCCCAAAUAGGAGGGACCGAAGCAUCUCCAGACAAUCACACACCUCUACCAGACUGUUGGUGGCUGGGAAGGGGUCACUGCCACCUUGUUUACAUGAAGCAGAAGCCUGACCAGUGUCCUCUGUCCUUUAUGCCUGCCUGACCCUCCCUCUGCUGGGCUAGCCUUGCCCUGCAGGUCCCUAGAUGGGGCAAGAGAAUGUCUUUGAACCUUAUCAGGAUGGAGUCUCCAGGGUAACCCUAGUGCCCUGGCUUCUCCUUACCUGUGCUUCCUGGUGCUUUUAGUCCCCCCUCCCCCAAAAACCGGUGGAAUAAAAGAGAAGAGGACAGGGUUCUAAGCCACAGACCCUGAGUUCCAGCUUUGCUCUAGCCUCUGAACUCAAGGUGUAAGAGGCAGCUGGGACAGCUGGGGCACUGGCUUCUAUGGCCUUUGUAGCUGGGUCCCUGCAGGCUUCUGCACUAGACUCUGAAUGGUUUGAGGGGAAUAUGCCUCAGCCUCCCCCCGCCAGUGGCAGAAUUUGACAUUGCCAUUCUGAGAGCCUUCAUACUGAAGCCUCCUUUCCCUCUGUGCCACGUUGGCCAUCUUGGCCUGAGUGACCCAGGCCUCCUUGGCUUUGCCUGUUGUAAGCCUAUGUGGGGCUCUUAUAGUGCUUUUACCUGGACUGUGCCUCCCUCAGCAUAUCUUGGUUUGCAGCCUAAGGCAGGGGAUAUUGAUCAGGGGGAGGGGGGAUGAGGGAGGCUGUGUCCCAUGUGCUCCCUAAGGAGCCUUUGCCUCUUUCCCUGCCCCUCAGAUGGUCCUCAGUCCCCUUCACCAGCCAGG